AUGCCAGGCCUGCUCCUGAAGUUGGAGCUCCAGAAAACGCCCCCUGUUUCCAGCACUGGGCUGCCCAAGGGCUCUUUCCAUGCCCCAAAACCCCUCACGUCCCUGGAGGUCACCCCUCUCCCCUCUCCCCUCCACCAGGGCUCCGGGGACGUGAAGUACCACCUGGGCAUGUACCACCGGCGGAUCAACCGCGUCACCGACAGGAACAUCACCCUGUCCCUGGUGGCAAAUCCUUCUCACCUGGAGGCGGCCGAUCCCGUGGUUCAAGGCAAGACGAAAGCAGAGCAGUUUUACUGUGGGGACACGGAGGGGAAGAAGGUGAUGUCCAUCCUCCUGCACGGAGACGCCGCCUUUGCCGGGCAGGGCAUCGUGUACGAGACGUUCCACCUGAGCGACCUGCCCUCCUACACCACCCACGGCACCGUCCACGUCGUGGUCAACAACCAG